GUGCGGUGCGGGGGGCUGCGGGGGAGAGCGCGCACCCCGGACGGGCGGGGAGGCGGGCGGGCGGGCGCUGUGAGUGCACUUGCACGCGGCUGCUCGUCUCGUGUUUGGCCCCGUCCUGCAUCGCCGUGCGCUGCUCGGCCCGCCGGGCUGGGGGUGCCCUGUGGGAGCCGGCCGCCGCACCCGCCUCCUGAGCGGCUCCGCGCGUGUGACUUGAUUGCACUCUUCUGCUGCGAGUGUGCGUGCGUGCGUGCGUGUGCCCGCGCCGGCGCCGGCUCGUCCUGUCUCCGCGCAGCGCAGCUGGGAUUUCUAGGACCGAGACCCCCGACCCCCGACCGGGCCGGCAGGGAGUCGUGCCGGGAGAAGUGGCCCGGCUCCCCCCUCCCCCGGCGGCCGGCAGAGUCGGGGCGGGUGUUUGCAAGGAGAGGGGGGAGCGCCCUCGCCGCUUGCUUUUUCAUUCUUACAUCCGUCUAUUUUUAAACUUUCCUAUGGACUGAGAUGGCCUCCGAGCUGGCCAUGAGCGCGGAGCUGCCCACCAGCCCCCUGGCCAUCGAGUACGUCAACGACUUCGACCUGAUGAAGUUCGAGGUGAAGAAGGAGCCGCCCGAAGCCGAGCGCUUCUGCCACCGCCUGCCGCCCGGCUCGCUGUCCUCCACGCCCAUCAGCACGCCCUGCUCCUCCGUGCCUUCCUCGCCCAGCUUCUGCGCCCCCAGCCCCGGCGGGCAGGCGGGGGUGGCUCCCGGCGGGGGCGGCGCGGCAGCCAACAAGCCCCAGCUGGAGGACCUGUACUGGAUGUCCAACUACCAGCACCACCUGAACCCCGAGGCGCUCAACCUGACCCCGGAGGAUGCCGUGGAGGCGCUCAUCGGCGCCCCCCAUCACCACCACCACCACCACCACCACCAGCCGGGCUACGAGGGCUUCCGCGCGCAGGCCUUCGGCGCCGAGGAGAUGCCGCCCUCGGGCCACCACCACCACGCGCAUCACCACCACCACGGGCAUCACCUGCGGCUGGAGGACCGCUUCUCGGACGACCAGCUGGUGAGCAUGUCGGUGCGGGAGCUGAACCGGCAGCUGCGCGGCUUCUCCAAGGAGGAGGUGAUCCGCCUCAAGCAGAAGCGGCGCACGCUGAAGAACCGCGGCUAUGCCCAGUCGUGCCGCUACAAGCGGGUGCAGCAGCGGCACAUCCUGGAGAACGAGAAGUGCCAGCUCCAGGGCCAGGUGGAGCAGCUCAAGCAGGAGAUCGCCCGCCUGGCCAAGGAGCGGGACCUCUACAAGGAGAAGUACGAGAAGCUGGCCGGCCGCGCCUUCCCCCGCGAGCCCUCGCCCGCCGCCGCCCCGGGGAAAACCUCCGCCGACUUCUUCAUGUGAGGCUCCCCUGCGACGGGGGCAAGGCUUUUCCCCACCCCCCCUUUCAUCCCCUGUACAUAGAUCCCUGGCGCUGUCUCCCUCUCGGCUUCCUCCCAGCCACCAGACCGGGAUGGACACAAGCGACCAUGGCUUGGGAUGGCUUGGACGGGGAUGACCCUGCCUCGGCACUGGAUGGACACAGCUUAUGGGUCGGGCAGGGCACCGGACUAGACGGACACAAGCAGUGGAUGGUUUGGACGGGGCUGAUCCCGCUUUGGGGCAGGGGGCUGGACCAGACGUGGCCUCUGGAGGUCUCUUCCAGCCCUUCUUCUCGAGGAGGAUCCUGCGAGACCCAGCCCCCAGGCAGAGAAGGCUGCCACCCCCACUUCCAGGCACAUCCAGGCUGGACUCUUUUGCAAGCUUGUCUUUUACUUGGGAUGGGUGGGGGGUCCUUUCCCAUCCAAAAAAGCCAAGAAAAGGAGCAUUUUUACCUCCCCCCUGCAGCCGCCCCCGAUGCGACAGAACUUUGUACCUCCCCAGACCUGGCUUUGGCCAAGGACAAGCAGCCAGGCACGCACACGCACUCCUGAGUCUUAACGUGACCCCCCCGCCCCGAACUUUAGAAAGCACCGGGGAGGGGGAAAGCCAGACACCGCUUCGGAUGCUGGGGGGGGGGAAAGAAAGGACAUCGCCGACUUGAAAGACUUGAAGCAAUACGAAAAAACAAACCAACAAAAAAGAUGAAUGAUGAUAAUAGCAAACCUCUGACUUUUUAUUUUAUCUUUUUUUUUUUGUUCUCCUGGAAACUGGGUGCCACGCAGCGUGUUGCGGGGAGGAAAGAGAGAGCCCGUGGUGAAAUCUUCCUGUAUUGCCCUUCGCCCCAAGCAAGCAGCCUCCGAGGAGCCGUGCCGAGAAGCUGUUACCUGUGGUUCUUAGAAGACUUUUUAAGCAAUCCUGCAUGCAGGACAUGUAUGGUAUUUCAAUAAUCGCCCCCCCGCCCUUUUUUUUUCUUUUGUACUAGAACAGAUGAAGAAAAAAAAAAAAAAAAGCAUGAUCCUGUUUUUUUUUUUCUUUGUAAAGUUUGUUUGGUUUUGUUUUUUUUUUUUUCUUUUUUCCUUUCCCCCAUCCCCGAACGUUCAGUUUUCUGUUUGCAGCACUUCUGGGGCGCGUCUUAAACAAAAACGAAUAGUCUUAAACAAAUGUUUGCAAAGUGAUGUUUUCUCUCUCAAUGGAGCAGUGCAGCAAAACACACACACAAGGGACUGGGAUAUGUGUCUUGGGACUUCAGACGACAAAAAGGGUUGAGUUUACCUGCUUUUUAUCUCCCUCCUUUUUCUUAUUAAUAUUCUUGUUGUUAAAGUUGUUGGGUUUUUUUGUUUGUUUUUUUUUUGUUUCGUUUUUUUAAAAAAAAAAGGAAACCUGAGCCAGACUUAACUUAUUUCAAGGUGUCCACUUGUACAUAUGUAGAAUUUAGUUAGUUUUUUGCCUUUUUUUCUGAGCCUAUAUUUUGCUUGGUGAUUUAAGGAAAAAAAAAUCUUAAAAAAAAAAAAAUAAAAUAAACACAAGUCUUAAUGAAAGUUUGUAUGUAAUAGCAUGCAAAUAAUAUAAGAAUUAAUUUAAUGAUGUUGAUAAAGCCGAAUGCACUAUAUACAGGAAUCAAUUGGAUUAAGUAAUACUGUUGUUUUAUAGAGAUUUAAAAUUAUCUAUGCUCUUAAAAAUAUUGGGGGGAAAAACGUUAACAUUCUAAGAUGACCAGAAAGGCAAUAUAAUAAUAUAUGGACUGCAAUCAGUUGGCUGCUAUAUCACUAUGCACCAGAUUUAUUUAUUAACCCUUGGGAAACAAAAUGUUAUUUUAACUUUGAUUUAAAAGAGGAGGGGGGGGGGGAACCCUGAAAAUGCACAUUAUUUCUUGCAAAAGAAAGAAAAGCAGCAAUCUUGUGAUGCUGCUCUAUGUGAAAGUGGAAAAGGAAAGCUAUGUAACUAGAAGUUGGGUUUUUUGUUUUUUGGGGUUUUUUUAACAAGUUGCUUAUUUAAAAAAAAAAAAAUAAAAAAUCUUGGGGAAGGCAGAAAGGUCUGAACAAACCUGGGCUUUGGAAACUGGUGCAUUUUAGGAACUGUUUGGCAAAGCAUUUUUUGAUGACCUGUUGUUUCAGUUUCUGAUGAUUUUAAUCCUGUUGCCUCAAGAUAAAACGUAUGUUCAUCCAGAGCGUCAGUUCAGUUUUUUGUUGUGUUGGGUUUUCUUUUUUUAAUACAAACGGCUUUGGAGCCGCAUGGGCGAUUUGCAACCUCGAAAACCCCUACGUAUCAUUUUUUUGUUUGUUUUUUGGGAGUCGUUUGCCUUUCGUGUUCAGGCAUCCAUGCAAAAUUCAGUCGAGCUUUUCCUUUGCUACGGACAGACGACAAAACAAAAUAACCCCCUUCGCACCCCCCAUCUCGGUGCUUGCAGGCAGCGGUGGUCUGGCGGGUGGGUCCCCGUUCUGGAGGAGACGCGAGGAGCACCCGCUUCUUGGCAGUGCUUUGUUCAGCAAAAUCCAAUGCAUCCGACGCGUUCAAAUGUGUUUUGAGUUUAAAAGCCAGAGCAGGGAAAUGCGUACCGGCAACCCUCAGAGCAACCGUGUAGACAGAAGGGUGUUUAUUUGAACUUUAUUUUGGGAGGAUUGAGAUGAAAUGCACUUUUUUUCCAACCCCCAUUUUAAAAAUAAAAAGAUCAGAAAAUUGGCAAGCCUGGGAAACGGGGAAUAAAAAAAUAACACCGUCGUAAACAAAUCCAUGCACGUUUUGUCCACUUUGGAAGCUGUGUUUGCUUUCAGUUUUCCCGUCUUCUGCUUGGCUUCCUGCUCGAACCAGGACUGGUGUCGGUGGGGUUGGAAGCGAUUAAACCGGCGAGAUAGGUAGAUAGUAAACGAUGGCAGAGGUGUGUUGACGCUCCUCGUUUCCUUCCAAAGUUGUCAUCUCUUGGGAAGAAAAAUCUGUGAACGUUUUAGUGCUGUUUCUAAUGCUCCUGCAUUGUAGAGUUAGACCUUCCACCGAUUUGACUUUUAAAUACUUUUAAAUGCCUUUUACAAUUUAUUAGCCUGGUUUUCCACCCCCCACCCCUCCCAUUGCACAAUAUUUAAAUUUACAAGUGAAAGUUUUUUGGAAUUAAGUUGUGGUUUUAUUCUCUUUUAUGGGAAUCAUGUAGAUGAAAAAUGUUUAAAAAAAAAUAAAUUCAUUUUUCCUUUUAUUUUCUUUUUCCUUAAGGAAGAGAGGGACCUAAUUAUUUGAGUAUUUUAUUUUCAACGGGUUAUUUAGACCUUCGUUGUAUUUUUUUUUUUUGUUUUUACAGUAUCGAGAUUUACAAUUCUAAGGGAUUUGAUCCAAAGUGAGACUUCCCCCCCCGCACGUAUCGGAGAAAUCGUUUUCUUUUUAAACAAGGAAUUAUUUCCACACCAAAUGAGUGCUCUCAUGAAUAGCUUUUAAUGCUGUGUCUGUUUUGUAACCAAAUCAAAAGUGUAGUCCAUUGACUUUUAUUUUAAAUGGUAAUAAAUGGUUUUAUUUCCCCUUUUG